CAGCGUUCGGGCGCCUUGCUUUGCCCUCCUGCACCGCCUGGACGGCCGCCCUUCGGCUGCAGCGCGGGUGGCGGUGGUGGUCUGGGGACGCGCGCCAAGGUGUAGGCAGCAUGAAGAUGGCUGGCCCAUUGAGACACAUUGAAAUAAUAGUUCGGCAGCUUAACAGAUUCAAUCCUGAAAAUGAGAGUGUUGGGCAUUUCUUGAAUGAAUCAACUAAAGUAUUACAGGCUUCCAAAGUAACAGAUGAAAUCCCUGUAAUGGAUAUUUUGUGUGGCUGUUUAGAAUAUAAAACUGUAUUGGAUGUGGUGGUCAAUGCAUUUUAUAUCCGAGACGGAAAACAUUGCCUAUUUUCUGAGCGUAAUAUGUAUACUGUUGUUUGUUAUUUGGCUACUUUUCGACUGGAGGAACUUGGACUUCAACGGUUCAGCAAAAUCAUCAAAUCAAUGGAUGUUGCUAAGAUAUGUAAGUUCCUUAGGUUCUUUUUCAAUAUCAUGAAUUUGCAUACAUGGAUAAAAGAUGAAUGGAGUCAGAUAUAUGAUUCAGUUUAUGUAAAUGAGAACUGGAUUGAACCAUUGCAAAGAUGGCAACCAAAAAUACAAGAACUGAUCAAUCAGCUUGAUAAUACUGCAGAUAAAUACGCUACUACAACUUUAAAGAAAACCGAACCAAAUGAGUUUCACUUGACGGUCCCUAAUCCACGAGCUAUACUGAUUCCUGAGCAAAUUCCACAACAAGAGAAAGCAAAACCUAUUCCCAGGAAUACUUACAAACCUCCUAGAAUGAAGCAGCAUCUAGAAAGAAUCAAACUGAAGAAUCGCCAAAAAGCAGAGGAACUGCUACUAGAAGCAAAUAUUAAUCAAUUCAGCUGUGCAGCCCCAAAGUUUGAUCACAAAUGCUCUAUUAUAAAGGAAAUCCCAAACCUUGCUGAGAAAUUCCAGGCCCAGAAGAUCAAGUUCAAGACUGACAAUACACCUGUUAAGCUAAAUGCAGCAGCAGUCUUAAGAGAAGGUGUUCUGUACCAAAGAAAAGUGGAACAAGAGCUUAAGAGAAUUGAACAUCUUCUCCAAGGAGGACGGGAUCCAUCAAAAUUUCUGGAAUGGCAAAAACAAAUGCGUGGGAAAGAUUUGGACCAACAGCUAACAGAAGCAGAAUGUAGGAAACUACAAGGAAAGCUAAGCUAUGAGGAAGCUAUUUUAGCACACCAAUACUGCAUUCAGGAAAACAAAAGAAAAGCUGAAGAGAAGAGGGAAGAGAAAGCAGAAAUGCGUCACCAGCGUGCAGAAAGAUGCCUUCAAGAAAGGAAGGAGAAAAAAAAAAAGAUUCAGCAAGUGGCAGAGGGACAUAAAAACAUGAAGCAAGCACAAAUGAAACUCCAAAAAUGCAAACAGCAGAUAGUUCAAGAAGUAUCUAAAAAAAGCCAGGACACGCUACUUCAGGCUUUAAAAGAUGAAGAAGAGAAAGUUAAAAAAAGAUAUGAACUGAUUCAGCAAAUUAGAGCUAUAGAAUAUCUGCCAUUCCUGAAAAAUAGAUUUAUUGACUUAACCAGGACUGCUAACCAUGGUGUACUUGGUGAGAUGUCAUUUGUGGAACUUCAAGAACGUUUAGCUUUGCUGAAAGCAGCUCAAAAAAAAGCAGAAGAAGAGAAGAGGGAUCUGAUAAUCCAUGAAAAACAUGCUAAGGAACAUCUUCUUUUGGACAAACUGGAACAAAUUUGUAUGUUCAGAGAACAGUUUGGCAGAGCAGCUGCAUUAAAACAGGAGGAAAAGAAAACUAAGACACCACUUCGUGAAGCCAUUUUGAAAGAGGAACAAGUUUUAGAUCUACAGAAAAAAAUUAUGGAAAAGUCUUUUGAACGUAAAAUGCAAACUGAAUAUUUAAAAACUACAUAUCUGAAGUGUAAGGAAAAAUCAAAGCGAUCUUGGAAGUCAGAGAAAAAAUCUCAAGGAGAAGAUCACUGGAAGAAAUUGGAAGAAAGUCGACAACAACAAUUUAAGAUGCUUCAGCAUGGUCUUAUGUCCAGAGAUAAUGCUCAAAAAAUGAUAGCAAAUGAAGCUAUGAGAACUGGAACCACUGCUUGUAUAUUGCGAAGUUAGACAAAUCUGUUUCUAGAUACACUUCUGUUUAUUAGACAUUUACUAGUAAUGUGACUCAAUUUCUGGAGUUAUCUCAUGAACUACUUUAUACUUUAACAUAAAUAUUGCUAUUAACUGGCAGCUGUUUUUAGUUCAUAUAUGCUGGAACUAUAAUGCUUUU